CGUUUCGUUCCCCCAUCUCGGCAGUGCGUCUGCGCUGUUCGGCCCUUCCAGGACGCCGUCCAUCGCGCGCCCAGUUGGGAGUCUAGCGGCAACCUGCCUCCGUGACAUGGCCGGCUCAGAGGCUGAGUGGAUAACCGUUGCCAAUAACCUUCUUUUGAAAUGUCACAUACACCUGAGGAUACGAGAACUGGAAGACUGUGAUGCUAAUGUUUUUAUUGCGCUUUAUCAAUCCAUUUUGGGAGAAAAGGUACCAGACCUCAUAGCUAUUCCCAGGAGUCAAGAGGAUGAAGCUCACAAUGUACAAGCAGUAAUUGAUUCGCUGGCCUUGGAUUACCUGCAAGUCAGCUUGUCUCACAUAACAGGAGAAAAUAUAGUGAAGGGAGAUAAAGAAUCUAUUAAGAAUCUGCUAGAAAUCUUUGAUGGGUUGCUGGAGUAUCUUACAGAACACAUCAGUGAGACAUCUCAUGAAAAAAGUGAUACUGGACAGAGUUUUAAAGAAUUCCAUCAAGGAGAACCUUUAGAAGAGCCAGAAAGUACUAAGGAAUCCAAAUCAUCAUGGAAAAAGGUUUCUUUUGGGAGGUGCUCCUUGUCAUCUGAGGCUUUGGGCCCCUCUUGGGAUGGAGAUGAAACAGAAUCCACUGGUGAAGUAAUUAGACUCGGAGACACAGCACACACCUUCUCUCUAAGAAGUAAUGGUGCCGAAGGCCCUAACCAAAUGCAGUCCAAAAAAGCCCCAACUCUAUUACAUGAAGAAGUGCUACACCCUCCCUCAUCUAGUUUUUUGUCCAAGAGUAGGACAUCCUUUGUUGAAGAAAUGGAAAUUCCUUCUGUGGAUGUGAUUCCAAGUGCUAGGAAACUAGGGGAGCCUAUUCAAUCAGCUAUUCCUUUACAUCCACCCUACCACCCUUCAGAGCCUCGAGCACCCUGUCCCAUAGGAAAAGAAUACUUGCGCUCAAGUCACAUCUCCCCUGCUGUGAAUUCUACUGGAGAGGGCACUGCAUUUUCUGUGGAAUCAGAUAAUAGAGUUCUCUUAACUUCUAAGUUGCCUAAAGAUAACAAACAGGAAAUGGUUUCAGCUCAGAUCCAAAGCCCUAGGACAAGGAAACUUCCCACAGGAAAAAGAUAUGAAGGUAGACCUACAGUCUCAUCCUGGGAUUCACCCUUCUCCCAGAGGGCAAGGAAGAGGUUAACAGAACAAGAAAUACACGCAGUUUCCGAGAAGCUCUCUCAACGGCUCUCUGAACUAGAUUGGAUGUUAAAAAGUGCCCUGGGUGAUCGAAUUAAAGAAAAGACUGGCUACGAAGAAGAUGAUAUUGGAAAUGAAGAGAUGGAGAGUGGAAAUGAUGAGACACUGUCUCAACACAGUGACAGCAUCAUGGAGUAUGGGCCGAAGAAGCGAAGGCCAGGAGUUCCUAUGCAUAGAAGGCCACCCUACAGAUCUCAUUCGCUCUCUCCAUCUCCAGUUAACAAAAACACACAGUUCCAUAUGGAGAGAAAACGGCAGCGAAAGCCUAAAGAGGCAGAUAUCCACCAAUUCCAAGCAAAGGCAAUAACGGAAGCAUUUGAAAGGGAGCUAAGAAGAAAUAAAGUUCAAGAGAAUAUUGGAUCUCUAGGAAUAAAUAAUGAUGAGGAAACAGAAAAAAUAUACAGAGAAGCUGUUCAUAAAGGAACUCCAACAAAACGUAGUCAGCCCUGGAAGACUUACUCUAGAAAGACCACAACUCCAAGUCCAAGAGGUGGCUUGCCAAAGCCAAAUAAAGCAGUUCCAAUGAAAGUGAAUGAACACAGCCUCUUGCCCCUCAUGCUGGAGCAGUUUCCAUUUCUCUAUGUUUCUGGUGAAACACUAAGCAAAAUGUGGAAACAGCAAAUUACACAGGUUGAACAGCUCAGAAAAGAUGCAUGUAGAGAAAAUCGAUCAAAGAAGAAACUCCAGGAUGAAAUAGAAGAAGCCUUAAAAAAGCAUGACCUCCUUACUGUACUUGUCAAGAAAGAAUAUGAACAUAACAAGAGACUGCAAGACUUCAAGGACCGCAUUCAUAGGCAGAGGUUGACACAGUCGAAGAUAAAGGAAAAUCGGCAGCAGAUUGUCCGUGCCCGAAAAUACUACGAUGAGUACAGAGUUCAGUUGCGUGCAAAAAUGAUGAGAAUGAGGACCCGGGAAGAAAUGAUAUUUAAGAAGUUGUUUGAAGAAGGUUUACAAAUUCAAAAGCAAAGAUUACAAGACCUAAGAAACUAUGCCAAAGAAAAGCGAGCUGAACAAAAGAGACAGCACCAGAAUGAACUGGACUCCAUGGAGAACUACUAUAAAGACCAGUUUUCAUUGCUGGCAGAAGCCAUAUCACAAGAACGCCAGGAACUCAAAGCCAGAGAGAGAUCCCAGGCACAGACACUAUAUAAGGUGAAGAGGGAGCUGAGGUCGAAGAUGGAGAAGGAGAUUCAACAACUUCAGUGCAUGAUCACCCAGGAUGACGACGAUGCUUUCUUCCGGGAACUGGAAGCUGAGCGCUUCAGAUCGCGCCUUCAUCUGGCUUCUUUUCAGUACAGUAAAAAUCCCUUCCUGUGAGACCAGAUUUUGUAAGUGAAGUUUCUGGAGGACGUUACCAGGACAGAGCUAGAACUGAGCCAGUAAACACUCUAAACCAGGAGACUCCUUUCCAAAUGCUUUACUUAUACAUUCAUUCCAGUACUUUUUAUGACAUGAUUUUUUUAAAUAAAAAUUUUCUUGAAGUA